GGGCAGGCCCGUAGGUACCCUCCCGGUUCCGCCCCUCCACCUGGCAGCCGCACGAGGCUGGAGACUCAAGCCCCUGCCGGAAGCCGCUCUCCAGGCGACGGGCGGGUCGCAGGUGCAGCCAACAUGAGUGAGCCUGGAGGGUCAGUCCGAGUCCUAGUGACAGGGGGAUCUGGGCUGGUGGGCAGAGCCAUCCAAGAGGUGGUAGCAGAUGGAGCUGGACUGCCUGGAGAGGACUGGGUGUUCGUCUCCUCCAAGGACGCAGAUCUUACGGACGCUGCACAGACCCGAGCCCUGUUUGAAAAGGUCCGGCCCACACAUGUCAUCCACCUUGCGGCAAUGGUGGGGGGCCUGUUCCGGAAUAUCAAAUACAACCUGGACUUCUGGAGGAAAAACGUGCACAUCAACGACAACGUCCUGCACUCGGCCUUCGAGGUGGGCGUGCGUAAGGUGGUCUCCUGCCUGUCUACCUGUAUCUUCCCAGACAAGACCACCUAUCCUAUCGACGAGACCAUGAUCCACAAUGGGCCGCCGCACAGCAGCAAUUUUGGCUACUCCUAUGCCAAGAGGAUGAUCGACGUGCAGAACAGGGCCUACUUCCAGCAGCAUGGCUGCACUUUCACCGCUGUCAUCCCCACUAACGUCUUCGGGCCCCACGACAACUUCAAUAUCGAGGACGGCCACGUGCUGCCCGGCCUCAUCCACAAGGUGCACCUGGCCAAGAGCAGCGGCUCCGCCCUGACGGUCUGGGGCACCGGGAGGCCACGGAGGCAGUUCAUCUACUCACGGGACCUGGCCCGGCUCUUUGUUUGGGUCCUGCGGGAGUACAGUGAGGUGGAGCCCAUCAUCCUGUCAGUGGGCGAGGAGGAUGAGGUCUCCAUCCAGGAGGCAGCUGAAGCUGUGGUGGAGGCCAUGGACUUCCGUGGGGAGGUCACCUUUGAUACAACCAAAUCGGAUGGGCAGUUUAAGAAGACGGCCAGUAACGGGAAGCUUCGGACCUAUCUGCCCAACUUCCGGUUUACACCCUUCAAGCAGGCUGUGAAGGAGACCUGUGCUUGGUUCACCCAGAACUAUGAGCAGGCCCGGAAGUGAAGCGUGGCGUGCGGGUAGGCUCCGGUUGCCGCAGAGGCCUCGGAGACAGCAGCCUCAGACCCUGCGGGAGUGGAGGGCACUGCCUGGCAAUCUGGGCCCACCUUCUACUCCUCUGCCAGGGUGGCUCUGGGCAGCUGUGCAGUGGGGCUGCCAUUCAUGUCUGUCCUCAGGGAAACCAAGGGCUGGCCAGGCCUGGCACCUUGCUCCCCGACACCAGUCCUGGGGUCCUGAGUGUGUCCCCUCCUAAUCCUGCUCUCCCACUCCCUGGGAGGUAAUAAAGUCCAUUUUCCCAGG